AUGCGUCUGACAUUUGGGCUGCUGGUGGUGGUUGGAAGAGGUUGCGGGCGAUCGGACGAGUUCCGCAUCUGUCCCGCGUCUGUUUCGCGUCUGUUCCGCGCCGACAAGCCCAGAUCACAGGCGCUGGUAUCUGGAGGUCACGAGGACGAGCUGAUGAUGGCUUUCAACGUGGUUGUGUGGCUGGUGGCGGCCGCCUGGUAUGUGCACAGCCUACAGUUUGCGCUCGUCACGAGUGCGAUGAUGAAGUCAUUUCACGUGGACCCGCAGACGGCAACCGCCAGCCAGCUGGCCGCGCAAGCCGUCUUGAUUGUGAUUGUGGCGAGCCUGUGGUCGGUCUCCGAUCGACGGGCUCUUCUGUCGCUGCUCGCGUCAUGGGACGUGCAUCGCCAGUUUCUAUUCACGUCACUGUGCUUUGCGAUCGCCUCCUGGGCAACUUGCGCGGCCCUUGUGGGAUCGUCCAUCGGGCUCACCUACAUUGUCAAGGCUCUUGAGCCUUUAUUCGCCCUAGCUCUUCUCGUCAUCAUCGAUGGACACGUGCCAACAACCGCGGCGUUGGGUGCCGUCUGUCUCGCCGUCCUUGGUUGUGUCAUUACCGUGGCCAGCAGCUUCGAGGUCCACCUCGGCUCGCUGGUGCUGGCUGCUGCUUCCAACCUCUUCCAGCAGCUGCGCAACGUCUACGGAAAGCAUAUGCUGGGUGGCCAUGCCCUGCCAGAGGCCCUCCUGGGGCUCUCACAGACGCAACGUACCCUCACCCUCCAGCUGUUUUGGAGUCUGCAAGGAACCGUCCUCCUUCUCCUCAUAGCACCCCUGCUCAACUGGGCCAUGCAACACCUCAACGGCAUCUCCAUGGCUGCACUCGAGAUGGCUUCCGCCACCAAUGACGAACCCGAGCCCGCCCCCUUUGACACUUGGGCUUGGCUGCAUCAUGACCCUACCACGCGCAUGCGCUUCACCUGGGCAGCCACACACUUUGCCAUGUACCAGCUGGCCGCCGUCAUCAUGCUGGUGGCCGUGACCCCACUCUUUCAUUCCCUUCUGAAUUCCCUCAAGCGCGGCAUCAUGAUCUUCGGCAGCACGUUUCUCUUGGGCCUCGACCUAUCGACCCGCCAGAGCACCGGUAUUCUCCUCACUUUGCUAGGCGUCUAUGGCUAUGCACGCGCCCAGGCCCCUCCAAACGUUCCACAAGGCAAGGACACCAAAGCCAGCACCGACUCGAACCCAGCCAGCAAGCCGUCCACGACGCUUCCCGGCCCCGGUCCCAGCCGCAGUUCCAGCCAUGCAAAUGGAAACAGCACCGCUGCAAAGCAUCAGGGCGGUGAUGCCCCCCUUGCUUCACCUUUUGUGGUCACCGUUCUCCUCGUCUCCUGCUUAGCUGGCAUCUAUGCUCAAACGACCUUGAGCUCGUAG